AUGGCGUCUGAAGCCGCACCACCCACCCCGAGCAAGAUGGAGGUAGCCCUCUUCUUAGCUGCUAGCCAGGGUUACGACACAAUUGUCAAGUUAUUAUUGACCACACCCGGCGUGAACUUGAAUUGCACGGAUGAAGACAAUCGUACGCCUAUCGCUUGGGCUGCGGAUAAGGGGCAUGAGAGUGUGGUCCAACUUUUGCUGGAAACAGGUUCUAUCGAGCUCAAUUCCCAAGAAUCUAAGGAAGGGUUAACCGCAAUAUGCUCAGCUGCCAAGAAGGGACAUACCGGGGUUGUACGUCGCCUGUUAGAGGCUGGUGUGGACGUUAACAUUCCUGACUCUAGGGGCCAAACCCCUCUGUCAUGGGCGGUGGAGAAUGGUCAUGAAGCAAUAGUGCAGCAGCUCAUAGGCCAUGGCAGUAACCCGAACACCCCCGAUCCGAAUGGACAGACACCGUUAUGCUGCGCUGUGGCGAAAGGAUGCCAAGCGAUUGUCAAGCUUCUGCUGACGAACGGUGAUUUGGACUGCAAUACUCCCCACCCUAAUGGACUUACCCCUCUAUGCUGGGCCGUGAACGAAGGUCAUGAAGAAAUCGUGCAGCUGCUUCUCGAGCGCAGUGACGUUAACCCUAACACGCCGGAUACCGACGGAUACACGCCAUUGUCUCGAGCAAUUGAGAAGAACUCUCUAGGGAUGGUGCAGGCGCUGCUCAAACGCGGCGACGUCGACCCCAACAUCCUAAGUCCCGAAGAAGAGACGCCCUUGUCGCGAGCUGUGGAUAAAGAGCAUGAGGAGAUAGUGAAGUUGCUUAUUGGUCGCCCUGACCUUGACCCAAACACCGCGGACUCAAGCGGACAAACACCCCUGUUCAGCGCUGUAGAAAUGGCCCAUCACGUAAUGGUUCAAAUUAUUCUAGCGCAUAGUAACAUCGACCCAGACAUCCCAGACGCCAAUGAACAAACGCCACUAUCCUGUGCUGUCGAACGAGAGGAGCCUGAGAUUGUAAAGAUGCUGCUGAGAGCAGGUGCUGACCCAAGUGUUGUUGACAAAAAGGGCAGAAUGCCACUUUCACGCGCUGCCGAAAAGGAGAACCCGGAGAUGACACGACUGUUGCUUAGGGCCAGAGCGGACCCGGAUGCUGCCGAUGUGACUGGAAGGACUCCCAUUUCUUAUGCCAUCGAGAGUGGUCACAUUGAGAUAGUCAGGUUCUUAAUCAAGGCCAAAGCCAAUCCGGAUCUGGCAGACAAGGAUGGGAAGCUACCGUUGUCUUUCGCCGUGGAGAAGGGAGACGAGGAGAUUGUUCACAUGCUGCUGAAAGCCAGAGCCAACCCUGACCUCGCUGAUCGCAGCGGAAGGGUGCCGUUAUCGCUUGCCGCAGAAAAGGGCAACCAUGAGAUAGUACAGCUGCUGUUGAAAGCAAAGGCGAAACCCGACGUCAAGGACAAACGAGGACGGACACCACUUUUGUGGGCAGCCGAUAAAGGACACACAGACGUGGCAUGGUUUCUGCUUGCCACCGAGAAAGUCAACGUCAAUUCGGGGGAUGAGACUGGCUGCACACCACUGUGGUGGGCAGCUCGGCAUGGACAUUUGUUGGUUGUGAAAUUGCUCAUCCGAAAUGGGGCGGAGGUCGACAUACAACCCGAGAUUGAGGAGGGGAGCAGAUUUGGGAGUCCCUUGUUCCAAGCUGGUCGAAAGGGCCAUCUGGAUGUCGUGAAAUAUCUGUUGAAAAAGGGUGCUGAUAUCAACGCAACCAAUGGCCAUCAGGAGAUUUCAUUGCUGCUAGCACUGCUGAAUGAUCGAACCAAGCACGCGAGGGAUGUCAUAGCCUUGAUAUUGCAGAAAGGAGCGGAUGUCAACGCGGCGGAUAAGUCUGGACAGACGCCCCUCGACAUAGCGACUAAGCAGAACGACCUGGAAUUAAUGAACGCGCUAAUGGAUCAUGGAGCCGAGAUUGACUCCGUUACAGAGGAAGGAGCAACCCCGCUGCACCAAGCGAUAAUCAACGAGCGCGAAGAUAUAGCGGAAGUGCUACUCGACCACGGUGCAGACCCCGAGGCGCAAGACUCAAACGGUGAUGCCCCCCUUCAUUUCGCGGCAGCUAGUGGUCGUCGCAAGAUGGUGGAGUUGCUUCUGGACAAGGAUGUAGAUAUCGACAUUACCAACUACACCGGGGACACACCUCUCCACAAGGCCGCCAGCAACGGGCAUAGAAAAAUGGUGGAAUUUCUCCUCCAAAAAGGAGCCGACCUUGAGAUACGGAACGACUAUCGGCAAACGCCGUUGCACAAGGCGGUUGGAGCUAAGCACCAUAUUCUGAGGCUAUUGGUCAACCGAGACGCCGAUGUACUUGCCAAAGACAUGUAUGGCAAGUCAGCGUUGCACCUAGCUGCGGAAGCCGGCUUGAAGGAGGAUGUGCACUUUUUGAUGGGCCAUGGAGCUGCAACGGACGGGAGAGAUGGGAAUGGACGAACAGCACAGGAUCUGGCUCGAGUCGAGGGCCACGACGAGGUCGCAGAGCUGUUUAACAAGAUGGCAUUGGUUCUCGCGGACCAAUCUGGGUCUGAUUAA